UUGAGUUCAUUUUUAAUUUCAGAAGAGAUACUUUUAACGAUUGUAUCGAAUGAAAUACGAAAAAAGUUGCCGCUUGUUGAAGGUACAAAAAUGUAUGAAGUAUGGUCUUCACCUAUGGUCUUAUCUUUCACCUGUUAUUUAUUUAACGUUACUAACUCUGAUGAAGUAAUGAGGGGAGAAAAUCCACGUAUGGUCGAAUAUGGUCCCUUCAGUUACGAUGAAAUUCAAGAAAAGCAAAUAAUAGAUGUCGACGAAGAAAGGGAUGAAAUCAAAUAUACUACAAGAUCUACGUAUAUUUUCAACAAAUAUAGAAGUAUAAAUGUUUCUAAACACGAUAAAGUCACGAUAUUAAAUCCCGCGUACAUUGGUACCAUACAAACUCUAACAUCUCUACCACCCGAUUUUAUGAAAAAAUACGGUAACAGUAUUCCAAAAUUAUUUCAAAAUCAUAGUACUAUUUUUCUAAAAGCUCGAGCCACAGAUGUACUUUUCGGCGGAGUUAAAGUUACGUGCAAUACGAAGAAAUAUCCCGAACUGAAUCUGAUAUGUAAAACUUUAAAAGCAAAACCACCACCAGUUUUGAGAGAAGGCGAUCGGGAAGACGUUUAUUAUCUCAGUAUAUUCCAAAGGAUAAAUGGUUCUCUACGUGGACCAUUCACAGUUUCUAGAGGUCUUCAAGACAUAAGAAAAUUAGGUAAUAUAACAUCUUAUGAUGGGCAUCGUGUACAGACAUUAUGGAAUACAGAGUCUUGUAAUACAGUAAAAGGAACAGAUACUGUUACAUGGGCACCAUUAGUGGAACCAUUACCUUUUGUUUCAACUUUUAUUCCAGAAAUGUGCAGGACUAUAGAAGCUGAUUAUGAGAACGACGUUUCAAUACAUGGUAUAACCGGAUCUCAAUUUAUUAUGAAGGAAAGGGUAUGGUUUUUAAAUCACUCGGAAUGUUACUGUCCAAUUGUAAAUAAUGAGUUAGAAUGUCCGCCACAGGGUUUAACCGACGUGACUAAUUGUCAGAAAGUGCCUAUAAUUUUAUCAGAGCCACAUUUUUUGCAUGCUGAUCCAGAAGUUCUGAAUUAUGCUCGCGGUUUGGUCCCUAAUGAAGAUCUGCAUAAAACGUAUAUUGUCAUUGAACCAUACACUGGAACACCACUUUCUGGGCAAAAGAAAACGCAAUUGAAUUUAAAAUUGACUAGAGAACCAUUGGAGUUACUUUCUAACGUCAGUGAAGGAUAUUUUCCACUCAUGUGGUGUGAAAAUGUAAGAUUCUCUUAGAAACA